GACACCGCCCGAGGAUGCUGAGUGGAAGGGUCGCCCUAGUAACAGGUGGAGGAAAUGGCAUUGGAAGAGCCAUUUGCCGUAUACUUGCAAGAGAUGGAGCCAGAGUUGUUGCCGCAGACCUUGAUCCUGCUGCAGCCAAUGAAACCAUUCAAAUGCUGAAAGAUCCUAAUGAACAUCUCGCCCUUAAGAUGGAUGUCACUGACAAAACCUCAGUAGAGUCAGCCAUCGGCUCUGCCAUUGAAAAACUAAAAACUCCACCAAGUCUUAUAGCUAAUUCAGCAGGUAUUGUAAAAGAUGGUUUUAUCCUGCAAAUGGAAGAAAAAAGAUUCAUGGAUGUUCUGGAUGUGAAUUUGAAGGGUACUUUUCUAGUGACUAAAGCAGCAGCAGAAGCUUUUGUGGAGCAUGAAAUAUCACCUGCAUCCAUAGUAAAUAUCUCAAGUUUAGCAGGAAGGGCUGGCACAAUGGGACAAUGUAAUUAUGCUGCAAGCAAGGCUGGGGUUGUGGCCUUAACAAAAACGUCUGCAAUAGAACUGGCAAGUGUUGGUGUGCGGGUCAACUGUGUUCUGCCUGGGUUCACAGAAACUUCAAUAUUGUCGGAUGUUCCUGAGAAAGUUUUAAAACAGCUACUUAAAAUGACUCCCCUCAGAAGGAUGGCACAACCUGAAGAAAUUGCAGAGGUUGUCGCCUUCCUGCUGUCUGAAAAGAGCAGCUACAUGACGGGCGCCUCGGUGGAGGUGACGGGAGGCUUGAUGAUGUAACACAGGGAAAGGUAAAUGGCAAGUACUCAGGUGCAAUUGAGUUGUCUAGAGUUUAUCAGUUUUAUGAAGCCUUGGUGAGCAGCACUUGUUAAAAACUAUAUAUUUUAAUGAUAUAUACACACAUGUACAUACAUAUAUUUAUAUUCAUAGCUCUAGGAUCUUUCCUGUCAGAAAUGAGAUUUUCAGUCUUAUUUAAAGCAAUAAAAAUAAUAAAUGUUAUAACAAAAAGUUAAGAUUCACCUAUUUUUAUACAUUUUUAAGGUAAGAUAAGAAGAGCAAGGAGGUACUGAAUUCUUGUCCAGAAAUGUCAGAGAAACAAGUCGGUGCUAAAUGUUUUGUGGGUGCUUGUAUAGUGGAUUCACAUACAUUUUCUGGGAAAAUUUACUGGGCUUUAGUAACUGUAGGCUAGCAGAGCACACACCUCAGAUGUUAGUAAAUUAAUGAGCAGAUAAAUAUUGAGUAAAAAUAUUAACUAUAUAUAA